AUGAUGAACCUUUCCAAUCCAUCCAUAUCGCUCAUCACACUUGAAGGGGAAAUGAUGACCGAUUCCUGCCGCUACUGCGACGAUGUCACUUUGCCCAAGUCAAAAUGGUACAUGUCAUCACGCGUGCUCAACGUGGAUGACUAUAGACUCCUUAUGGAUUGUGGAUGGCGUCGGCAUGGAAAUCGCAUCUACAAGACGAUGAACGAGAAGACAUGCUGUCCUGUUUACACAAUUAGGUGUGACACGGAGCACUUCAAGAUUUCGAAGUCGCAAAAGAGAGUACUGAAUAUUGUUUCAAACUUUUUGGCCAAGGGUGAGAAACCGAGCUGCGCUAGAAAGUUCCAGAGGGCCUGUACUGCAUCCGUUAUCAGUGCAGAGCAAAGUAAUACCGCCUCUCCCCUUUCUUCCAAGGGAGGGUGUCACAAAGAUACUGGUGACGAUAUCAAGAAUCGGGAAUCAGCUGCGAUAACUGGACCUACUGACUCGGAUGUAAGUGGGUGUAGAAAUGAAGAGCCAACGUCUGGACUACCAAGAUCUUCCCAACCAAAGCGGUGGCAAGCUAAUCGGGAAUCUGCAACAAAUUGUGAGGCAUUUAUGCAGACCUGUCCACAAACACGAAAGGAUGUGCUCAAAAAGAAUAAAGCAAAGGACAUUGAAGAUUACCUACACGAAGAAGGACUAAGGGACGACGCUGUGCACACUUUGGAUAUUCGAUUGUACCCAUGUGCGCCCUUGUCCUUUGAACUCGAGGCGACGCUCGACGAGGAGUACAAAUUGUACCGCAACUACCAAGUUAGUGUUCAUGGUGCAUCGCCGGCAAGCCUAAGUCGCGAGGCAUUUAACGAAUUCCUGGUGGAAUCCACGCUUGCGAGUGCACACGAUGCUGCGGCGGAAACCGCUGGUGCUCCACAAUUCGGCUCAUACCACCAGCAAUACUGGCUGGAUGGGAACACAUUGAUUGCCGUUGGCGUGUUAGACCUGGUUCCAGGUUGCCUUUCCUCUGUCUACUUCUUCUAUCACCCAGAUUACGCCUUCCUCAGUUUGGGUACUUACUCUGCUCUUAGGGAGAUUGCCUUUGUCCGACACCUCCAUCAAAAGUACGCAUCGGUUGUGCCUUCUUAUGCCGACUUCACGCAAUACUACAUGGGAUACUACGUACACUCCAGUCCUAAGAUGCGCUAUAAGGCCCAAUUUUCUCCCUCCUACCUCGCCUGCCCUGAAACAUAUGUGUGGGUCCCCAUGGAGAAGUGUAAGCAUCUGCUGGACCAAUGCAAGUACAGUCGAUUGGCAGGGGAAGAGGCAGAAAACGCAUCACCUACACAUAGCUACAGCAACACAAAAAUCCUACUUCCUUUCUGCGAGGCGCUGAUAUCUGCGUUGCCCAAAGACGGCUUUGUAGUGGAAGGCGAUGCAAUAGUAACGACUCUUGCGGAGGCAGAGGGCGUGCUUUCUAGGAGGGAAGUUCAACUCGUCAAUGAGUGGAUCCGUCUUGUCAACGGCACUGGAACCAUACACAUUAGUUGUACGAUUUAA